AUGGGACGGGCAAUGAUCGGAUUUUGGCCGGAAUUUGACGGCGCUGCGUGUUAUGCGGCGCUUGCAUCCUUUCAAUCUUUGGAGCAUUUUUUGGAAACAAUAACAGACGAUGUUCUCGAAAAAAAAGAGUACGAUACUUAUCAGAUAAAUAAAAUUCAAGUCAACGUUUUUAAUGUCAAGUUCUUGGGAGAUAUCGCAACUAGAAGGAAUCAAAAAAAAACCUGGAUGCUAGAAAAUUCGAAGAAAGGCAAGAAAGUUAAUCAGGCAGAGCUUCUUCUCCCGUAUUCGUCACGAUUCACAGCGACAUCUUCAAAAUUUAAAAAUUUAAAUCAUGAUUUUCUUAUUUUUCUGUAUUUUUUCCCUAAUUUUGUUCAUUUUCAUGUAUAA